GAUAAAAUCACAAAAUAAUGGUCCCACCAAAACAGUUGUCUAUUUUGGUGCCCUUCAAACAAUUUAGAUUUAUAAUUAUUUCGAAGGCUUCUCUAAAAUAAUGGCUCCCUCUUCGUUAAGAAAACGUUGAUAUUUCAUUCCCUUGAACAGUUUCUGAAAAGGUUCAACACUUGCUUACAUAAUACGGCCAGAAAGCGUCAGAUUAUUUUCUUAAUUGCAGUUUCGAGUGUUUCGAGACUUUCGAACCUUCAAGUUUCGAGCCUUCGAUCGCAGCAACCGUUUUGUCUCAACAAAGGGCCAAUGUUCAAAAAUUCACUGCGGCAGUUUACUUUUAUCAUCUUGAACUGAGUUCAUUAUCGACUAAGUGACUCUCAUACAGAUGUGCGGUGUGCGCAUAGCAAAGAGAACAUUUGCUUCACUUGCAUCUUGCUUCCGGUGACGUUAUUUCUUAUUAAAUUCUGAAGUAACUUCUCUCUUUUUAGAUUUGGUAGACAAAAGCUCUCAUACAGGUGACCACUUUCAAUGUUGUCACCAGCGGUAUACAGCUAAACUGCCGACCACGGAGACUGCCACUCCCAGUCUCAAUGUUGUUUCCAAAAAUACAGAAACAGACUUACAUUCCACUAACCAUCUGAACAACCAAUAGAAAAUGAGAGAGAAAUGUUCAAACGACUUCACAGCUCCAACUUAUCUUAAAAGGAAAACGAAAACCUUUCUUUACCAAUGUGAAAUUGUUUACAUAUUUAGUUGCCGCCAAUUCAUUUUUCUGUAGGGUCCAAUGCUUUUAAUUAACUGCUAAAUUUCCAAUCGAUUGUUUACAAGUAAACCACAGGGUUCCAAAGCUGUGACUGGAUAGAUACAAUAUUGUUGAUAAACGGAUCAUUCGCUGCCAGCUGGUAUGGUAAUUUUUUCAGUUGCGGGACAUUUCACAUGAAAUCUUUAAGUUCCUUUUUCUAGUUUUAAUUGUGGCCAUUUUUCCGCUAAUGAAGGCUAACUCUUUACUUUAUAUUUCAAAACUAUUGUAAGAAUGAAAAAGUUUUGAAAAGUCUCAAACAGAUUUUUCUGCUGUAAGGCGUGCCGCCUCGUACGGUUCGUUUGCUUUGUUUGGUCAGCUGCUGUGGUUUUGUUUGAUCUGACCUUGCUCAGUUGCUCUUUUGCAAUGUUUUGCCAACAUUAGCUGUGAGAGGCUGCAAAAGGAUGUUUGGUACGUAAAGAAGUAUAUCACAUUGCGGAUAAGUUCGAGAAUAAGAGCAAACCACAGUCAUUUUACUACGUAGUACUUUUACUACAAACGGCCACUUACUACAUUCACAGUAUUCCAACUGGUACCUGUGUCCUAUCAGUGGUCUAGAUUCAUCGUUCGGGUAACACAGUACAUUGACCAUCAUAGGCGUGUGAGGUAUGUGCUUUUUACGUGUUUAAGGUCUGUUCUCCGUGAUUUGAGAUCAUUCUAAGGAAUUCUUGUGGUAAUUCGUACAGUUUUUGGAUGAGUUAUUUUCGGCCACCGCUGUCAUUCCUUUCCCAGGAACAUUGAUCGUCUCUUCAUCGGUGUUAUUAUGAUAGACUAUAUUUGCUUUCAUGGAUAAUAUCAUAUCAAAACAUUUCACACCUUAUUAUAGUUUUAAGCGUAACUUUAGUGAUUAUUUUUUUAAAAGAACAUUACAGGUCUCAGUAUGAUGUGUCCUGGAGACAAGUUAUGUAGUAUACAUCGUACAACAACAUGGCGGUCAGGGUUUUACGAUCAAUUCAGUUUCACAGUCGGAACACUUUAAUUUUGUAACUUUUGAUAUGUACUUUUAUUUUCAUACCUACAUGUAAAAUAUUUAAAACAGCGUGAAACUUCAAAUGUAUUUUAAACGGUAUCGUCAAAACAUUCAGUAAUCUAAGGACGUGAAAACUUUUCUAAACAUAACUGUCGGUCAUAUCUGAUCCCAGACUCCCCAUGUGGUACUAACGCAGAGGCUUAUCCAACGCCCUAGGGGUUAAAUAUCAUGUUUUUGUGCUAGUCGGGGUAAAUUAAGUUCUUCUACAAAUUUUAGCUAUCGCGGCAUCAAAACAAUUCAUGGCCCGCUAAGUGGUUUACCUAAGUUGGUUUGCCAACCCAAAUGGGCUUCAAAAGUAACCAGGAAAAAUCAUAAAAAAAACUCUCACGAGUAAAAGUUGUUCGAUGCAGUCGCCCUGGUUCCUCUUACGUUUAGAUUAAGAGUCUGGCACCUUUUGUUCCUUUUGAAUAAGGCUAGGAGGAUAAAACGGAGUACUUUAAAUUUUAGAAUGUCACAAGACUUUAGAAUUUUCUUUUUGCUGGGUAAAUUUGUUUGCACAUCGAGAUAAAAUGACCCAGAUCUGCGCCAACGAUAAUAAACACAGAACUGAGAUAUCUAUUCUAGACGCGGUGGCUCACUUUUGAGACAAAUGUAUCUCGGACGCAAUAUCCGCUGUGCAGCUCAUCACUGUCAUGUGACUUCCCUUGCAAUUAUUGAGGUACUAGGAUAACAAGAACAAAUAAGAAGGGCUUGACAAGAUUAGAGUGAGAAGACGACCCCAUUGUGAUAUUGUAGUCUCGUAAUGCGCAUGUGGGUUUGAUUGACAAUGAAAUGAUGAAGAGGCUUUAGAAAGAAAAACUUAUUUAAAAAGUUGUAGUCGAUAAUUUUAGUAGCAGAUACAACCGACUAGAAAAAUAGCUGAGACGUGUACACAAGAGAAGAUGUAAAAAGCAUGCACAUAUGAUUGCAAAAUAUUUUUGCUAAACUAACGCUACUGAUAAUGUACUUGGCAAUUCUCCCUCCCCCCCUUAUCGAUGAUUCUUGAAGUUCUAUUGAACGAUAUGGUGUGACUUAAAGCCUUUUGGCAAACCAGAGCAUUAAAUUAGAGUGACGGCAGGAGGAAAUUAGGUAACAUUCUCGGGUUGAAGGACGUGAAGCUGCAGUAAGAAAAUAAAAGGAAAGUGAAUGAAAGACGUGUUUUUCCCUAAGUGUUCCAGCAUUCCAAAGUCCAAAAUUCCAGCGUUCUAUAUUUCGUGACCUAACUCUUGAAUUUGAACUCUCAAACUGGAAUUUCCAAUCAACCAACCUGCUAUGGGAUUACUGCAGGGUCUAAUAUCCAAGGGGCUUUUAAAAUACUGGAAAAAAAAACAGUUUUAAAAUGAUCCAAUUUGUUUUCUCGAGCGCACUAAAAGCGGCCCUGGGUGUUUCGUGCAGGAACAUUCCAAUCUAUUUUAAAAAGAAGAGAACUUCGAAGCAGUAAUUUAACCCAGUUUAUCUCAGGAAAAGAUAUGUGAUAAGCGUGGGUAGAUUUCUCUUGAGCAUUUUAGUAUGUCUUUAAUUUGGUUGAGAAACAUAAUAAGUAUUUUAUUUGAACCCAAACAUAUAACCUGCCUUGUGACCCAAAUUCCAACCUGCUUAGUCAUCAAAAACGGGAAGCGUCAAGCCUCCAUUUUUAGUCGCAAGGCGCAACGGAUGGAAACUUUAGGAGUUUUAAGAAAAAUAGCAGCUUAAAAAAGUUUGGGAUCAGGACAAUAAGCGACCAGUUUAGGCGGUAACGGGUACUAUCUCAAAAGUAGGAACAACGAAACUUAUAACCAUUUUAAUCAGUUUUCUCGUUGAACUAAUACAAGCUUCUUAUCAUGCUAUGCCGCUUUAAGUCAAUUGCAGUAAACAGGAAAUUGUCAGACCAGACGCCGUAUUUUUUUUUAACCUUCCUUGAAGUAAUAGAAUCUAAACGAAAAUAUGAAAGAUCGAGGCCUCUUGUCAAUCAAAGCGUAAUUGCACGUCCACAUAACCAACAUUUUUGCGAUAGAAAUUCACGAUUUCUUGAAUAAUAACCAGAAGGCAAGUGUUUUUCUAUUGAAAGAGGCAGCAGCUUGUCCAAAAUAAGGCUGCUAUGCUCGAUCAUUUUUCCAUUUCCUCAUUUUAUGGUUUAAUCAGGCAGGGAAACAAAAGGCGACUAGCAUUAUUUUAGUUCAAGAAAGGAAUAACCUUGAAACAAAAACUGUUCGUUUCUCUCCUGCUUGAAGAUAAUGGUCGUCAAUGCUCCGGGCAAUUGGCUUUUUUUUUCUUUCUUUCUUUAAUUAAGAUAAAGUAAAAAAAAAUUGUCCGGAUUGUAAAACAAUCUUCCAGUUCUUCGGUAAAAUGUUUAAGUUUGUCUCUUGUUCUACGGAAUAACGUGUACAAAACCACAACAUUGACGUUCUUGAGUCGUUUGGUAAUUGGCCAUCUUUGUCAUAAUUCCAUGUCUCGCCGUCAAGAACAUUGCUUUACAUUGUGUUCUUCCGGACAGCUUCCGACAACGCCAUUUCCUUUCAUUCUUUUGCUGAUGGGAAAGAUUAUUUGUGAAUCCCAAAGAUUUUACCCAAACUCGAUUGUGAUUGUGACCUGACCUUAAUUGCCAGUCGUCCGUGCAGCGAGCCAAGUGAACACAAGAUUGAUGAUUGCCGCUUCAGUUAUCUGGCAGCAACAACAAUUUCAUCAACGUGGGACACAAGAUGAACAAGUACUGCACAAUUAGGCAUCUAUUGAUGUUAGCAUCUCUUACGGGAAUCCUAAAUCUUGCAUACCUGAUGUUCCUUGCCGACAUAAAAGGAAAGCCAGACCUCUAUUCGUUACAGCGCUCCUCGUCGAGUGUACUUCGAAGACAAAUCGCAAGUAUUCAAGUUGAUUCGGAUGUUAAGAGUGCGGGACCGAGUUUAAGCUACUUGGAGGUAUUGAAUUUAGACUUGAAAGACCUCGUGCAGAGAUACAUGGCUUCUUCAGAGACUAUCGCUAGGCAAUACGAACUUGAUAACCUGCAAGGAGAACAUCACCAAGAACAGAAAGUUGUCAAUCACUUUUCUAUGCCGCGCUGCCUUCCGGCUCCUUUUCUGUUAAUUAUGGUUCAUUCAAGACCUAUUAACUUCAUGGACAGGGAGUCUAUAAGAUUGUCUUGGGGUCGAGAAGAUAAUCCAAUCAAUCAAGGAAGCUGGACAAGUCCGGAGAGAUCAUGGAAAACUGUGUUUCUUGUUGGUCAAACUAACAAUUCCAAGCUAAACAAUCUCAUAAGACAGGAGGCCCAAAUUCACAAAGACAUUGUCAUAGGAAGCUUCCUCGACUCCUACCGUAAUCUGUCUCUCAAGACAUUAUUGGGAUUUCAGUGGUCGUGGCGACAUUGUCAACCCAAAUAUGUCCUCAAAACUGACGAAGAUUGCUACGUCAAUGUUCUAUCACUUGUUCAGUGGCUACAGGAGUAUCACGAGACCAAUGGAUCCAAGCCACUAUAUGCUGGUAACAUACAAAGAGACAUGCAAGUUGUGAGAAACAAAAAGCAUCGUUAUUAUGUAUCUUUCAUGGAUAUAAAUACACAUACGUAUCCGCCUUAUGCCUCGGGAGGAGGGUAUGUCUUCAGCGCAACCCUUUUACCAAGACUUCUAACAGCAUCUCGGGAGGUUCCUAUGAUUCCAGUUGAAGAUGCUUGUGUUGGACUUUACAUGAGACAUAUUGGCAUCAAACCAGUUCAUGACACUAGAAUCUUGCCGUUUGUCUUUUGCGAGAGGAAGGAGACAGGAUUGAACGAAAGACCGAUUUGUCACUUACGGGACCCUCUUGUGUUACAUGGCGUCAGAGACAUUCUUCAAAUACAGACACAUUAUAAUGUUUUGCUGAUGACAUUUAUCCCAACAAUCUGCUCUUAUGUAGAAAAUCAAUCAUUUAGUAGGCACUUCCAACAGUCCUGUUAAUUUAAAACUUUGGUUAAAAAACGUCUAUUAAAUUAUUUUUGUUGCAGUUUUUAACGAUCUUAGUCUUGUGAUGUUAUGAUAAAAAGUUUCCACAUCUACUUCAAACAGCUUUAGAAAUACCUUUAAUCGUAGUUAGGUCUCGAGACUGACUGUUCAAAUACUGUAUUCUAGUUUUUCCAAAGAUCCCCAGACACAAGUGCACGUUUACGUCUGUAAACGGAUAUCUUUUUAUACGUUUACGUCUUUCGUCCAGGCGGAAAAAAACGACAUAAAUGCGUAUAUGUACGCAUAUUUUCGUAAACGCGCUGCAAAAUGGAUAAGUUCGUAAACGGGAAAAUCUCCGAUCACGAAUUCUCGUGAGAACUUCAUAAACGGAUACGUUUGUACACGCUGAUGCUACGUCAAGUAAUUUACGCAUGCUUAAUGCCAGUGCCGUACAUAGGCGUCCUGGGUUGACAACAGAGAGUUUAAGCAAACGGCGACGGCAACGAGAAAGCUACCAAACAAAAGUUUUCAUGAGUAGAACACUGAAUGUGCACGUGCGUUAUAAAUCUUUGUUCAUUUCUUUGCUGUCCUCUGCACAAAAACAAGUGAAUUAACUAAAUUCUGCGUAUUUUGGAGAACAAAAACGGAGACGGAUCAUUUUUCAGAUGUUCAUUUGGAAUUAAACGCUGGCGUUACAUAUUCAGCUUGACCAAGUUCUGAGACCAAUAUAUAGGCGCACUGAACAGAUCUAGAUAACUGCGAAAUUCGAAGUCAAAAUAGAGCUUUUUUAACUAGGCGUUGUCGCUGUAAUCAUUGCUUGACCUCUCUAAAAUAUUUACAGAAAACGCAACAAAAGUAUCCACAACAAAGAGUCGCUUACCACAAGUUGGCAAUUCACUUCAGUGUGAAUCUUUCAGGUAGAAACUUCCAGCAAAAGUUGUAAAGACUGAACUGAACAAAUCUUUUCGCCGCCAAUCUUUAUUCCUGGCUCGCUCCACUUCUCGGCGUUCCUCGCUUACAUUUUGCCCCCAUUCUCUUUUCCUGGCAAGUUCCGCCUCCUUUCUCUAGCCCUCGCUCGCUUUACUUCAUGACAUUGUUCAGUACUGUUUCGCCUCCUUCCUCUAGCUCUGGUUCGCUCUCUUUCGCGAUCUUCUUAGCUACUUCUUCGCCUGUCAAUUCUUGCUGUCUGCCGUUCUCUUUCACGUUCUGCUUCUGUUAAACCCUGUCUUGAAAACCUAAUAUCAACUCUGCUAUCGUUAGUUGACAUAACAAUAGAGUUACCAUGAGACUCCCCUUUCCCAGUUUGUACGGAGGGACGGACGCUCACUCGCACGAUAACGUCAUAACCAAAUUUUCUCGGCUUAUAAUAAUAAUUGAUGGUUUAACCAGAAUUUCUUGCCCGUGCUGCUCCGCUGAAUCUCCGCUAUUAUAAUGGUUCUUUUUAAUCUGCUGAUCUCGGUAAACGCGUUCGUGAAAGGUAAGGUUUUAUUUACAUUUCUCUCGUCGUUUUAGUGAACAUUUGACUGAAAUUGUCCUCCAAACGUGAAGGUAAAAAGAUCUCUACUAACAAAAAACUGUUUAUUAUUUGCCGAAAAUAAUUCGUGAGCGGCCUAUCCUAGCGGUGCGUAUUGCAAAUUACUAAAUGAAAUAACUCGGACCGCUAAGGGAACCAAUUAGAAGCCUCCUUUUCAUCGCCAACCAGUUCAACCACAUAACGAAUCAAUUAAUCGUUUACGUGUGGUCAGACGUAAACUAUCGCCAGACUCCUAUGGACGAAAACAUUAGUACAUGUAUGCGUUUAGAGACGUAAAGAGAUAAGUAAGGAGAUACGUGUGGCGGACAUUAUUAACAGCAGUAAUUGAUUGAUCUGGCAGAAAAAUAGGGUUAUCCUAUUUUAUAAUAAAGUUUCCAUAUAACGCGCGCUCUGAUU